AUGUUGAACAGAGUGGUAUAUUAUAUAAAGAAAUACCAACAAGCUUCCAAUGCUAAAUUCAACAAGGCUAAAACCCAAGCCAUAUCCUUCAGUGGUUUACCGCAACCUGACUGGAACACAAGGUUACAACAAUUUGGCAUUCCAACAUGCCAUGACCGCACCAAGCCAGACGCUAUCGUGUACCUAGGAUACCCACUUUCCUCAUCCAACCCACAACUGCAGACCUUCAUAGAUCAUCUACUCGCAACGAUUAAGAACCAUUGCAACAUACAUCUGGGAAGAGGAUUAUCGCCAGAUUCCACAGAACGCUCAAAAGCAUCAUUAGCAAUUUCGUUAUGCAUCGCAUGUUCCCCCAGUAAAGCGCUGAAUCCUAGCUUUCAGGAAGUGAAGUCCAAUGACAUCAAAUCCUUCGAUAAUAGUUCAUUUUGGGAACCAGAUGCGAUCACAGAUGUCGAUUUCCGUGCCCUUCGACAGUUCAUGAACGUAGAACGCGCUACUGAGGAGCUUUUGUUGUAUCGAUGUAAGCGAAUCUAUAGAGCAUUAGAAGAAGAAAAACGCGGGGAAGCAUAUCAAAACCUCAUUUCCCGCAAGUUACCAGCGGCUGAAAAACUCUACAAGAAGGUGCACGGCCAUUCCAGGCAAUAUUACCAGCAACAACAUGAGCAGGAAGAGCCUUUGGUUCUCGAGAGAAUCGAAAACGAUGCGGAAGAGGAUGACGAGGAGGAAGAAUGUCCUGAGGACAGAUUGAUGAUAUCUUUCGCUGAUAUCAUUAUGAGAUUGAUGCUUGCGCAGAGCGGGCAAGAAAACGUUGAAGACUUGCAGCGCGAGCUCGGCAUCCACGAAAAUUUUGAUACCAAUGAUGUGCCAUAG